UCAUGACGUUAGUGCCAUCAUGACCCUAGUGCCAUCAUGACCCUAGUGCUAUCAUGACGUUAGUGGCAUGAUGGCGUUAGUGCCAUCAUGACCCUAGUGUCAUCAUAACCCUAGUUCCAUUAUGACCCUAGUGAAAUCAUAACCCUAGUGCCAUCAUGGCACUAGUGCCAUCAUAAUCUAGUGCCAUCAUGUCCCUAGUGCCAUCAUGUCACUAGUGCCAUCAUGACAUUAGUGCUAUGACGUUAGUGCCAUCAUGACGUUAAUGUCAUGAUGCUAGUGCCAUCAUAACCCUAGUGCCAUCAUGACUAGUGCCAUCAUAACCCUAGUGCCAUCAUAACCCUAGUGCCAUCAUGACACUAGUGCCAUAAUAACCCUAGUGCCAUCAUGACACUAGUGCCAUCAUACUAGUGAUGGCACUAGUAAUUCAAUCUGUCUCCUCCUCCAGUCUUCCGUACACUAAGAAGAAUCACCAAUAAAGACUUACUAAGUUUCUGGUGACUUUGAGAUAACACAUUAUUACGCACAAGCGGUGACAAUGGGCGACCUGGAACAGUUUGAGGACCUGCUGCUACGAAGUGCUCGUAACGGUGAUAUUAAAACUGUGGAACAGAUCUUGUUGGCACAGCAUGAUGGUAAAGUUAACAUGGACAUUAGUUGUAAAGGAAAAACUAAAAUUAACCAAGGAUGGACUCCAUUACAUUUGGCGAGUUACUUUGGUCAUCGCGAAGUUGCUGAGGCUCUCUUACGACAUGGAGCAGAAAUUGACGAGCUUAAUGAUGCCGGUGACACUCCGCUCCAUAAAGCUGCACUAACAAACAGAGAGGAUGUAGUGCUGCUUCUGUUAGAGCACGGAGCCAGUGUGUCCAUCGUCAACGGUGAAGGUUUACGUCCCUCAGAUCUGCCACGAGACUCACAGGUAACCAAGCUGAUAGUAGCAGCAGAGAAGACUGAACAGAGAAGAAAAGAGGAGAGACUCCUGCAUCAUGCAAGAGAAGGAAAAGCUGAAGAAGUAACAAAUUUGUUACGAGAAGCCGGAGCACCAAAUGUGAACUGUGUGGACGCUCUGGGUAACACUAGUCUACACUCUGCUGCUUACCGUGGCCACAUAGAUGUUGCUGUCAUACUCUUACAAAAUGGCUGUGAUCCCUCUAUCAGAAAUUUAAAUGGUCAAACUGCUUAUGAACUGGCUCAGACGCAGCAGAUGCAACAAGUGCUGAAGGUACAGCCAGUACGCAGUUUCCACCAUAGUGUAUCCAGAUUUGAAGGUCCACUUCUCCGACAAAUGCGUAUAUUAGGCUGGAGGAUGGUUUGGGGUGUGCUGGAGCGAGGUGUGUUGACCUUCUUCAACAGUCGUGCAGAUGCCAGCUCUGGUGUACGAAGGAGAGAUUACAAGUACCUGGAUAACAGUAAAGUCAUCCCCAUGGUGGGCGGGGAUGGUGCCAUGUUUGUUAUUCAGUACAACGAUGGCACCUGCCAUCGUCUGGCAGCCACCCCUGACCCAUUACACCCGGCUUCCAUUAACAGACAGAAGUGGGUAGCUGUACUGAACAACCACAUUAGGUUUUCAACUCAUUAUGUUCAACACGGUCUUUGUGUGGACAACGAUGAUGAUGAUGAUGAUGUUGACAGGACUGUUAAACCUCUUGGCUGUAUGUCUGAUGCACUGCAGACAGCCACGGCCCACCAGCAACUGAUGGAGCAACAAGUAGAGGAGGUGAUGGCCACUCUGGCUUCUCUGGACCUUGACCACUCUCAGCAAGGAGGUGUACAUGAUGUUAUUAAGAGGUUCUCAGUGUUGGCAAGCACAGCACACAACAUGAGUACCAGCCUCACACACUGCUUGUCCCUCAUGAAGCAGCAAGAGGAGGUUAGAGACCUUCAGCUGAAAGAGGAGCGUGAGAAGGUUCGUGUGUUGGAAGAAUCUCUGAGAGUACUAGCCACAGAACACCAUGAAUUAGAAGAGUCUAUAGCCUCACAUGUAUCUUCCAAUGGCUCGUCCAUCUACAACACUCCGGCAAACUCAUAUGUAUCGCUGCCCAGACCUCGCAGAUUUUUUGAUGCAGUCAGCGAGGAUGAGUUUUUCGAUGCAUUCUCACAAGAUGACAAUGGAAGUGGAGGGACGUUGGUGGAUCUUCCAUCACCUUGUGGGAGUGAGUGUUCCACCAACACUCUUGUAUCAUGCAUGUCUUCCCUUCCCACUGACCCACAGUCUCCCCAGUCACCAUCCCACUUACUCUCCAAUACACCAUGUGCACCAACAAGCACCCCAGUUUGUGGUGUGAGUGGCUAUGUUGAUGGGGCAACAUACACAGUGUCACCACAUGUGUUGGGCUCAGGUUGGGAAAUUCUAGAAGAAAGAGAUACAUAUAGAAUUGUAGGAAGUGGAACACUUACUGAAUCUCUACCAUCCAUUACUGGAACACAGAUCAGUUCUCUUGGACAGAGUGUGUCAGGCACACUCACAGGUCUGGUGAAUACUGUGUCAGGAAUGCUGUCAUCCACUGCCAACACAACAAUAUCCUCAGGCACAAAGAAUAUAUCUCCUGCAGGUGUUAAGCAAGAGACACAAUCUCAGCUUUCUGUCUCUAACAAGUCUCAGGGUUCUGACGCAAUGUCAUUCAUGGCAGUUGAAACACCACUUGUGAAAACUUCAGAUUUAAGUGAUCAUAGUGACGGUAGCGAUGACACAGUCACCAGCGACUCCCAUCGAUGCUCUGAACUCGAAGAAAAGUGAGUAUCACUAUUAUUUUUGGUUAACUCUUUGGCUGUUCUUUGUUAAAUUAUGAAAUAAGGAUUUGAAAAAAUAAUGCAGUAAUUUUUGUUGGAUGUAUUCAUUAUGUAUUGCUUUACAGAAACAUGUAGUUGAGAUUAUUAACUAGUACUGUAUACUUAAAGUGACCAUAUUUCCUGGAGUUAGAGGUACCUAAAGUUUGAAGUGCCUGGGGUUAGAAGCACCUGGGGUUAGAAGUGCCUGGAGUUAGAAGCACCUGGGGUUAGAAGUGCCUGGAGUUAGAAGCACCUGGGGUUAGAAGUGCUUGGGGUUAGAAGCACCUGGGGUUAGAAGUGCCUGGGGUUAGAAGCACCUGGGGUUAGAAGCACCUGGGGUUAGAAGUGCUUGGGGUUAGAAGCACCUGGGGUUAGAAGUGCCUGGGGUUAGAAGUGCCUGGGGUUUGAAGUGCCUGGGGUUAGAAGCACCUGGGGUUAGAAGUGCCUGGGGUUAGAAGCACCUGGGGUUAGAAGUGCCUGGGGUUAGAAGUGCCUGGGGUUUGAAGUGCCUGGGGUUAGAAGUGCCUGAGGUUAGAAGUGCCUGGGGUUAGAAGCACCUGGGGUUAGAAGUGCCUGGGGUUAGAAGCCCCUAGGGUUUGAAGUGCCUGGGGUUAGAAGCACCUGGGGUUAGAAGUGCCUGGGGUUAGAAGUGCCUGGGGUUUGAAGUGCCUGGGGUUAGAAGCACCUGGGGUUAGAAGUGCCUGGGGUUAGAAGCACCUGGGGUUUGAAGUGCCUGGGGUUAGAAGCACCUGGGGUUAGAAGUGCCUGGGGUUAGAAGCACCUGGGGUUAGAAGUGCCUGGGGUUAGAAGUGCCUGGGGUUUGAAGUGCCUGGGGUUAGAAGCGCCUGGGGUUAGAAGUGCCUGGAGUUAGAAGCACCUGGGGUUAGAAGUGCCUGGGGUUAGAAGCACCUGGGGUUAGAAGUGCCUUGGGUUAGAAGCGCCUGGGGUUAGAAGUGCCUGGAGUUAGAAGCACCUGGGGUUAGAAGUGCCUGGGGUUAGAAGCACCUGGGGUUAGAAGUGCCUGGGGUUAGAAGUGCCUGGGGUUAGAAGUGGGACAUCUUUGAACAUCGAAAAAAAGGCUAAUUAAUGUAUCUAUAUUAAACAUCUAAACUGUCAUAUCUGCACACCUCUGCAAAGACAGUGAUAGUGUGAAUGAUGGUGAAAGUGUUUCUUUUGGAUCACCCUGCCUCGGUGAGAGACGACCAGCAUGUUGAUAAAAAAUAUUAAAUGUCAGCGUAAUUAUUCUAGACUUACAUUAUGAAAUAACAAGUGACUCAUUUCGCCUCUAGGAUAUUAAUCUAAGUUCGAUUUCUCUACCUUCAUUGAAUGAAAUCUUUAGAAGCUCAAGAAUAAAUUUCAGAGUUUUACAGAAUUCCUAACAAAUUUUUUACAAUUUAUUUUUGUUACUAGUAAGACCUUGAAAAGUGGGGCUUAGAGUUGAAGUUGUUCAAAUAAUUACAAAUUAUUUAUUGAUAAUUAGUUUCAAGGAAACACUGUAUAAAAUAUAUCCGAUGUGUGUUGUGGCUUAUAUCUGUCUCACUGAAGUGAGUGAAUAGAUCUACCCCAGCAUUGAUCUGUUGCUAUCUUAAAAACAUUCACCUCUCAUACUUUCUCAUCCAACAGGUCAGUAUCACAUUCAGAUCAAAAAACUUCUGUAGCAGCAGAAUUCAUUAUUUUGUAACAAUGUAUGGUCUACAACUUGUUGUUGAACUUUCCACAGUCUAGGCACAAGAAUAGUGUUACACUAUUUACCUAUAAAAGUAGUGCAGCUUGGGUCAACUACAGGUUACUAUUUUAUUGCUACCUAUCUAUAAGAAAAUAUAAUAUUUUUUUUUUAUUUAUUACACAUCGAACGUUUUCCACCAAGGCAGGGUGGUCCGAAAAAGAAGAGACACUCUCAUCAUCACUCACUCCAUCACUGUCUGACCAGAAGCAUGCUGACACUACAGUUAUAUAAUUAUAUAAUUUAUAAUUAAAAAUAAUAAUUGAACCUCAGUUUUGUUAUGUAAAUUCAAUCUUAUUAAAUUUUUCUUGCUACCCUAGCAGUCGCCCACCAAAUUAGUGACCCAUACAAGGAAGCAUUCUUUAUACUAUUAAAAAUUCCAAUUAGUCAUUUAGUAAACAAAAAACUGAACUACUGUUAUUUCACUUUAUUCAGUUGGUUAAAAUAAAAUCAUCGCAAAUGAUGAUACCAAAUUUUAUAUAUGUAUAUAAAAAAGAUUUUAAUCCCUUCUCCUGUAUAUGUUACUAAAUUUAAAAGGAGUAACUUUCGUUUUUUUCUUUUGGGCCGCCCCACCUUGGUGGGAUAUGGCUGGUGUGUUGAAAGAAGAAGAAAAAAAUUUCUUUGCUUGUCAGAUAAUUUCAUUACAGUGUAAUUUUUCCCGUAAUUUCUUUUUAACAUGCUGGAUGUCUCCUACUGAGGCAGAAUGACACAAAAACGAAACAUUUUCACCAUCAUUCACACUAUCACUGUCCACUGUCUUGCCAGAGGCAGCAGAUACGGCACUUCAGGUGUCCCUCCAAAUAUUCCCACCUCACUUUUAGAGUGCAGGCACUGUACUUCCCACCUCCAGGACUCAGAUCCAUAGUAGAAAGUUGAACAAAUCAGGACAUUUAUCAUCAGUACAUUAAAUCCAUCAGUAUGAUAGUUUUGCAUCUUCAGAAGUUUUUCGGAGAGAAGGACAUGUUGAUCCAAAAGAGGACUCUUCCUUCUAAAUCAGGACAUCUGUUCACUUUAAGUAAAUAUAGCAUACUGUAUAUUAUUAUAUAUUGUUCUUUGUAUAUAUAUAGUAUGGUAUUAAUGUAGGAUUUUUUAUAUAAUCUUCAGUCAAAGAGCAUUUUGACAUCCCUUUGCUUGAAUACCCUGACUGUUUUAUUUCAAAUAAAUUUCUGCAUAUUGCCCUGAGAAUCUGUGUUUUACAAUGUUUAUGUCACAUGCAAGUAUGAGUGAGAAUGCUGCAACACGAACUCUGUGUGCAUGGCUCAACUGCAUGAGGGUUAAGACACGAUCUGGCUGUUACAGUACCUGGCUGUAUUUAUACAAUAUUAAUAUGCCUGUACAAAGCUAAAAUUAACAUUCCUUAUGUUGUUUGACCCUUUCUGUUGACAAGAAACAUUUGA